AUCGAUUUCACGGUUUGAACGACACGUUACAAACAUCAACUCUCCACGCUUCACUGAAGGGCCCAUAUCGGACACCAUCAACUUUGGGCCGAACAAUGUCAAUCAGACGGCGAUGCUCGCCGUGAGUCCUGGUUCACAGUCACGCUCCAUUCCUGUUGGCCAAACUCAGCAGCAAAGCGAAGCGUAUGUCCCACCGCCCAUUGACGAGAAUAGUUUCACCCCAUGUACUAUAGUGACACCUCGAGACACUGCGUCGGAUCUGCUGGCUACCAACCUCCACACAAGCAACCUGGAGUUUUAUGGGUCGGCCUCAUCGGUCGCAUUUCUCCGCCAUGUGGAAACGUUAUCGAAUUGUCAGACAGGUCCUUUAGCUGGACCGCCAGAACGAUCGUUGACUGCACGUUUGCACAACACUGAUUUCCAACCCAACACGUCACACAGUAUCCCUGUAGCACCACGGGAGGACAAUUCGAACACUGAUCGAUUCUAUUUCCGUGUAGCGAGGCAAUUCCUUGAUGCUUACUUCUCUAACAUCCACUACAUCCAGCCUCUGUUUGAAGAAGAGGUUUUCCUCGCUCGUUGCGAAGAUCUAUGGUUCAACAGACGAGAUAAACAACCACUAUCCUUUGUCGCUCUUUAUUAUGCCACUUUGAGCUUGGGCAGCCUCGUCAUGACUUUCGAAAACCCCAAAAUAUCUGGGGCAGAUCGAUUCACGUGGAGCCGCAAGCUGUUCAACGACGCACUUGCUAUCGUAACCAGACUUGGCACAACAACAGAUGUAGAAAUGGUCCAGUGUUUCUAUAUGAUCAGCAAAAUAUGUCAGCACGAGCUCAAUCCUCACGUCGCGUAUCUAUAUUCCGGCCAAGCGGCAAGAACCUCACUGGCAAUUGGGAUCAACCGAAGCCCCGUCAGGCCAGAUGCAGCUGACCCGCGGGCCUCAGCGGCAGCAUCAAAAACGUGGUGCGCAGCACUAAGAACGGAUAGACAGACGAGCUUUGCUUUGGGGAGGCCCGAUAGCCUAGGUUCCGAUCAAUACCACACACAAUAUCUUCCUCCGGCAGUUUUAGAAGAAUCAAUUUCGAGUCCCCACGUUCUGCAGAUUGUUCCAUGCAUGGUUGACUUGUCGCGAAUUAUGCGCAAAGUGGCGCUCGACUUGUACGCACAGCCGUGCGAAAUGGAACAAAAGCUCCAACGAGCAAAAGCACUCGACGCCGAGUUGGGUCGUUGGCUCGAACAAGUUCCCCCACAUCUUCGGCCUGAGCAACAAACUGAAUCGGGGCUCUCCUUGAAGUCGCGGCGCCUCGCCAGCUACAUCAAGAAGCAGUCUGUCGUGCUGCAACUUCGCUAUCUCAACCUUCGCAUGGUAACCCAUGCCGUAUUUAUGACUGAUACGAAAUCAGCCGAGUCGGACGUGGCCUCGUCCCUUCGAGAAUGCAGAUGCCGGUGUAUCCAAGCGGCAGAAGAAACAAUCGAUCUAAUGUACUCAACAUUUCGCACAGAUGACUAUUUUCAGACCUGGUGGUACAACUCGACCUAUACAUUGUAUGCCGUUAGCGUACUUCUCGCCCUGGUCUUUCGUCAGCUUGCAAGAACUCGAGAAGCACUCGAGAAUCUUUUCGCCCACAUUGACCGUGCGAUCAUGGUACUCCAAGCUAUGGAUGACUGUUUAGUCGCCAGAAGUGCGACAGCCAUCAUCAAGCGAACACUCGCCCGAGCAAAAAAAGUGCCCCAGCCGGCCCUGGUUGCAUAUCAGUCCUUAGCUUUCCAGGAUACGGGUCUCGAUGACGCGUUAGGUCCGCCCGUCUACCUGGAGAGCGAAAAAGAGUCUGACAACAUUGACACACUGCCACAGUCCCAGGAAAUCGAAAGUGAUGGUCUUGGUGAGACUGUGGGCGACCUUGAUUGGCUUAACACAUAUCCAUUCGAUGACAGCCAGCAGGCUUUGUUCUGGACUGAGUGGGCUCAUGAGAUCGACGCUCUGGGAACAUAG